CCUUCAGUUCGCAGGCCGACACUCUCCACUGAGCCAGACCAGCGAGGGCCAUAUUUUAGUAUUUUAAGUGGCAAAUUUAUAGUCUGUUCUGUUACUGAGUUUCUUAACCAUUUAAUAUUUGGAACUUUCAUUAGUGUAUUUGAGGUUAUACAUUCUUUUCUGAAUUUCACGUUAGUUGUUCACACUGAUGGCCCUUAAAGAUGGCCCCCUUUUCCCUCCCGGGAUGUGGGGAGGCCAAGGUGUGUGGUUCCAUGCUGUGGAUCUUCUGGGCGGGGCACUCUUCUUCCUGGUGGCCCCAAUGUGCUGCCCAGUGCCUGACACAGGACACAAUGAGGCAACAAGCUUCUGAGUAUGUUGAGGUGAGAAAGCAGGAUGCUCACCAGGGGCCUGUCAGCUGCUGUGGGCACCACGUCUCUGACGAAUCACCUGUUUUAUUUCGUUUAGGUUGGCGAUUUUCAACUGGUGUGCUGCAAAAACUUUUAGAAAUGCAACACCAGACUCUUUCGUCAGGGGCACUCACCUCUUUUUCCUUAGAUUGUCAAAUAAAAACGUCAGCAGCCAACACUGUAUAGCCGUCCAGUGUGAAUGAAUCAAAGUUACACCUAUUUUUUUUGUCAGGUUGGCAAAAAAUACGUUUUGGUGUGCUGCAGAAUUUUAGUAAUUUGUUUAUGUGCCAUGAGGUAAAAAAGUUGGGAAAUCGCUCUUCUUUGCUCUGAUGUCACUCACCCUGGAUUUCUAAUAGCAGGACUCGUUCCAACAGCCUGUAAAACAUGGUGGAUUACUAUGAAGUUCUAGGCGUGCAGAGACAUGCCUCCGCCGAGGACAUUAAAAAGGCGUAUCGGAAACUGGCGUUGAAGUGGCACCCAGAUAAAAAUCCUGAGAAUAAAGAAGAAGCGGAGAGGAAAUUCAAACAAGUAGCCGAGGCGUACGAGGUGCUCUCCGAUGCUAAAAAACGGGACAUCUAUGACAGAUAUGGCAAAGAAGGAUUAAAUGGUGGAGGUGGAGGUGGAGGUGGAAUUAACUUCGACAACCCGUUCGAGUUCGGCUUCACAUUCCGGAACCCAGAUGAUGUGUUCAGGGAAUUUUUUGGUGGAAGGGACCCGUUUUCAUUCGACUUCUUUGGUGUCCUAGGGGACUUCCACUUUCAGGCGGUCAGGAUUUACCCGCAGGAGGAGCUGCUGCACGGCUGCUGCAUGUUCGGAGUGACGCUGCGGCCUGCUGGCGAAGACCCAUUUGACGACUUCUUUGGGACUCGGCGGGGUCCGCGUGGGAGCAGGAACCGGGGAACCACCUCGUUCUUCUCCGCCUUCACAGGGUUCCCGGCUUUUGGCGGAGGGUUUCCGUCUUUUGAUGCAGGAUUUACUUCCUUUGGGUCAAUAGGUCAUGGAGGUCUCACUUCAUUCUCUUCGACGUCAUUUGGUGGUAGUGGGAUGGGCAACUUCAAGUCCGUGUCGACUUCUACCAAAAUUGUUAAUGGAAGAAAAAUCACUACAAAGAGAAUUGUCGAGAACGGUCAAGAAAGAGUAGAAGUUGAAGAAGACGGCCAGUUAAAGUCCUUGACGAUAAAUGGUGUGGCCGACGAGGACGCCUUCCGGGAGGCCUGCCAGCUCCGAGGCCAGCAUGCGCUGCCCGAGCAGCCCGCCAGCACCAGCGCCCGCCCUCUGAGGUCGCACAGGCCCACUCCACUACCCAAGCAUGAGGACGAGGACGACCCGGGCCGCCAUCGGGCCGCCAGCCACUGGGACCCCUCCGCCUUCUCAGCAGCUUGCCGACUCACUUCUGACGUCACGCCCGCGUGUCCUUGCACAGCCCAGGAACCAGCACGUGGCCAGAGACUGAGGGGUCGGGCUUUUGCGUGAGUCACGCUCCCACAGGACUCAAAGAAGGUGGCAAGAGGAAGAAGCAGAAGCACAGAGACGAGUCCAAGAAGAAGAAGUCGACCAAGGGGCAGCACUAGAGCGCCGGCCGUGGCGGCGUCGCGCUGUGUGGUGUGUGCACGCGAUAGGUAGGGCGCCUGCUCCCCGCCCCGUCACCUCCUCACCCCGGGACGCGGACGGGCGGCCAGUCAGGCGGCGGGUGAUGAGCGGGCGGUGGCGUGAGCGCCCGCCCUGGCCGCAGCCCAGCACUAAGAUAGCGAUUCCUGGGCAGCGGUCGGGGCUCUCGCUUGUUCUUGACGGUGCGGCCUCCAUGUGAACCCCUGAGGCAGCGCUAGCUUUAGGGGCGUGACAGGUAGACAGGCAGCGGGUGGCUCCUCGUGGGGCCGGCGUUGGGAAUCGGAGGGUAGUGAGUGUGGGCGACUCCAGGUCACACACGUCACACCUGAGCGGGGCCGCAGGUGCUGCCUGCUGUCCCGGGGUCAGACCUCAGCACCUGUCGUGGCCCCGUCCCUGUUGGCCACGUCAUUGAGCUUGUAAACCUGACCCUCCGAGUAGAACCGGCCGAUGUCAAGUGUGCUGUGAUUAGUGCUAGUCCUUCCUUUCUUCCCGACCCAUCACCGUUCCCCGAAGCUCGUGCAGGGGACGCUACAGAGCUUUGCUCCGUAAACAGCCCGGCUCCGAGUUGAGGGUGCGAGGAAGCAGACGGCUGCCUGGCAUGCGGGCGCCAGCAGGCACGAGCUCGAGUUUCGUCUGUGGACACUGCCCUCCUGUGUGGCCAGCCUCGCCUCUGUGCUUUCUCUGCACCACCCGCUGCCUAACGCUUUGCUCCCCGGCUGCGGUCGGGGGCGCCCAGCUGCCCCCUGUGGCGACGACACCUCCGCUAACACCAGAGCCUGCUGCCCACCCGCCUUUUCCUCGCCCUCGUGGAAACAAGGGAAUUGUGAGAAGUGUGGAUGUGAUGUAAAAAUGCCAGCAACUCAAACCCACGGCGUGGAGCCGGCGACUUGGGCUUGGCCUGUGCCGCCGUCUGGUGCGGCGUGUGGUUUGAUAUGGCGGCCACAGGGCGCUGCUCCUGUGUGGGUGGGGGCGCGGCUGCGGGCGGGGCCGGGUGUGCUUGUGGGAAUGGCCAGCAUGGUGACCUGACCUGGGCGCCACCGCGGAAAUAAAGUUGUGAGCACCA